AUAGAAACAAUUAGAUCGCUCAAAGAUAAGGUUUCUAAAUAUAGAAUUAUGAGAGAAUUCCAUAUUAAUGAACAUCGAGUAGAUGAUAUAUGGGAAGAUCGAGAACGCCAACAACAAAUAAUACAAAGUAUCAUUUCCACAUUA